CAGAGAGCAAGUGCAACACUCACAGCACAGAAACUUCCCAACUACAGUGCAACUCACUCCCAUUUCCAAGGCACAGGGUGGGGGGGCAAGACAGACAGACACACACACACACACACACACACCACACACACCAGUCUGGUGCAGUACACUGCAGACAGUCUAGUCUCUCCACCUUCCUCACUGGUGGAGGAAGCAUUCAUCUGCAUCCAACCCUUUUCUGAUCAUUUGUUUUGCUGCUGCAGAUCAACACAGAGCAGGGAAGAGAUGCGCCUGUGUCUUUGUGCAAAGUCUAUCCUCUUGUUCCUCUCUCUCAGCCUCCUCCCAGCCUCUGCCCACGAAGCCAACACCAACACCAACACAACAGAUACCGUUCCCCGGACUCAGGGCAACUCCAUCGAAGACCUGACCUCGGUCCGAACCCGGUUCUCGCUGCGGGUCCCGUCGCAGCCCGACGAGGAUGUGUGCCAUGUCAUCCCAGGGCGAGCGGAGUCGCUGGCGGAAUGUGGCUUCAACGCCACCAGCAAAUCCUUCCUGAUCAUCCACGGCUGGAGCGUGAGCGGGAUGUUUGAGAGCUGGAUUCACAAGUUAGUGACUGCCCUGUACCAGAGGGAGCCUGCUGCCAAUGUCCUGGUUGUGGACUGGCUCAAUCGCGCCCACCAGCAUUACCCAAUUGCUGCUCAAAACACCGUGCUGGUCGGUGAAGACAUUGCAAAGUUCCUCAACUGGAUAAAGGAACUGGUGAACGUUACACUCGAUAAUGUCCACCUCAUCGGGUACAGCCUUGGAGCUCACGUGGCCGGUUUUGCAGGGAGUCACGUAGCCAAUAAGAUAGGCAGGAUUACAGGACUGGAUCCGGCCGGUCCGGUGUUUGAAGGUGUCCACGCUCACAGCCGACUUUCUCCUGACGAUGCUGCCUUUGUGGACGUGCUCCACACUUUCACCCGAGAAUCCCUGGGGAUGAGCAUCGGGAUCCGGCAGCCGAUUGGACACGUGGACAUCUACCCCAACGGGGGCAGCUUCCAGCCUGGAUGUGACCUCCAAAAGGCAGUGAACAACAUUGCCACCUAUGGCAUCUACGCGUUCUCGGAGGCUGUGAAGUGCGAGCACGAACGGUCGAUCCACCUGUUCAUCGAUUCGCUGCUCUACAUGGACCAGCCCUGCACAGCCUAUCGCUGCAGCAGCCACAGCGCAUUUGAGAAGGGAAUGUGUCUGAACUGCCGUAAGAACCGCUGCAACACACUGGGCUACAACGCCAACCCUGUCCGCAGUGUCAGGCACAACAGGAUGUAUCUGAAGACCCGGGCGGACAUGCCCUUCCGAGUUUACCACUACCAGCUGAAGAUUCACUUCUCCAGCAAAAUCAACCACUCCGACAUCAAUCCCCGACUAUCUGUAUCCCUGUACGGCACCAAGGACGAGGUGGAGAACCUUCACAUUGACAUAAAAGAGAAGUUUGCACCAAACAAGACCCAUUCCUUCCUGGUCGUGACGGAGACGGACAUUGGGGAUCUGCUGUUGAUUAAGUUCAAGUGGGAGACAUCCAGUUCCUGGGACUCGCUGUGGGAACAGGUAAAAAAUUCCAUCUCCUGGGCCAAGCUGCCGUUCUGGACGUCUUCAGUGGUUUCCAGUUCCGAUAUCCAUGUUCGCAGGAUCCGAGUGAAGUCUGGAGAGAUGCAGAAAAAGAUGGUUUUCUGUUUGAAGGAUGUAUCCGCAGCGAUCAUUCAGUCUCAGGAAGUCAUCUUUAUCAAAUGUCCACCAAAGGUGGAGCAAGUGCUCAGAGCACCAAACCAAACCAUCGCAGGACAUUACUGAGCGACUGUUUACUGGACUCGUGGGAAGCCAACAUUCUGUUCCUGUGACGGGGAGACUAAUCCUUUCGAUUUCUGUGUAUACUUUUCUUUGGAGAGAAAAUAUUUAUUUGUACAUAAUGUAUUAAAAAAACAGUGUAAAUAUUCUGUACGAUAGUUGCACCUGAAGCUGUUGCAACUCAUCAAAUGCCUAUUUUGUGAUAUUGUGUGAUGUACAAAUAAGAGAUUUUAUACAUGUGUGUAUGUGUGUAUAGAUAUAUAUAUUAUAGAGAAUGGCAGCCAAAGAUGUGCACAGGUCGUGCGUUUUCCCGAGUGCUGCGUAUUUUUAUAGCGGAUUUCACCGUCAUAUUUUUGUUUCAGUGUCAGGUUGAGCAAUGUUUUUUGUUUGUAAGAUAAAUCUCCAAAACAUGGCAACCAUUUGUGUACAGCUCGGUCCUACCAACAGUGAAGAAUGAUUCAUCUGCUGGAAGGUUGGCCACAACACUAGGAGAUACCCACACGCACACACACACAUGCGCGCGCACACACGCUCCCUUUUCCCUACAGUGUCACAGUCGGUCUUAACCCAAGGGCAGCAGCUCCACCCAUUUACCCCUAGAAUUGCCAGCCGCAACAAAAACCUCGAGCCCACCACCUUCUGAGCAUAGAGGCGAGAGACCAGAGUGUCGCUCACUGAGCCAAGCUGACACCUGUCGUCAGAUAUCCAAGCAGUUGAGGUCAAAGAGUCGUUUUGCACUAUUUUACUGUGCUGCAAAUGAGCAGUGCAGGAGCAUUACACUGAUACCUUUCACUCCCCCAGUUACUUAAGACUACAUCACGUGACACAAUGUGAUAUUUAUGGACGGUCAUAAAGUCUGAUAUGCUUUUACCUUUGGGUGAGAGCAGUGAGACUGGGUGUAAAUAUGUACAGGUGCUAUUUUAUUUCAAUAAAUUUCUGAUCUAA